GAUCACAAAGUGUUGGAGGGAGCAGAGAGAGAGGAGACGUUCUGCUGCUUCUGCCUUCUGACCGGAUCGCUUAGAUUCACUCAUCUUCAUCUUCAUCUUCAUCAUCAUCUUCCUCCUCAUCGUCUUCCUCCAUGUCGGUUCUUCCUCGGGGGGUCAGAAUGCUCCAGCAGGUCUGGAGGCUGAAGGGAGUCGUGGUUCUGGUCUGCAGCCCGUUUCUGCUGCUGCCGCUGGCGUUCAGCACCACGGAAGCAGCCUGUGCGUAUGUCAUCGCCCUCAUGGCGGUGUAUUGGUGCACGGAGGUUCUACCGCUGGCAGUGACGGCACUGCUGCCCACCAUCCUGUUCCCAGCGCUUGGCAUCAUGGAGUCCAGAGACGUGUGCAUGCAGUACCUGAAGGACACCAACAUGCUGUUUGUGGGGGGGCUGAUGGUGGCCGUGGCUGUGGAGCACUGGAACCUCCACAAACGGAUCGCACUCAGAGUUCUGCUGCUGGUCGGAGUCCGGCCUGCCCUAUUGAUGCUGGGGUUCAUGGGGGUGACGGCCUUCCUGUCGAUGUGGAUCAGCAACACAGCCACAACCGCCAUGAUGGUCCCCAUCGUACAGGCCGUCCUCGAUCAGCUCCUUGGCAAUAGGAAAAAUGUUGGCGCUGCCGUGGAGAUGGUGAAGAUCCAGAGCAGGACUGUGUCUGUGCAGCAGGAGUAUCAGCAGAAGACCAUCAGCAUCGAGGAAAUGGCUGACCCAAACAUCCCAAACAAAGAUCUCAACCUAUCAACUAAUCAUAGUCCAUCAGAGGAAGUCAUCAGCCCAGAAGACACCAAGGCACCUAAGCAGGAGGUGAUAUCUGGGCAUCCGAUAGCCAAUCAGGAGGUUAUCAAACCAACACCCCAGGACAAGACUCCAUCAGACACCAGCAGUCCAGUGGUUCUGACGGUGGAGACCAGCCACGCUGCACAUCAGCUGGAGCUGGAGGAGCUGAGUGAUGAAGAUGAGGAGAAGAAGAGGAUGAGCAAAGGUCUUCUUCUUUCUGUAUGCUACGCUGCCAGCAUCGGAGGCAUCGCCACCCUGACAGGAACCGGGCCCAACCUGGUUCUGAUCGGACAGAUGAGCCAACUGUUUCCUCAGAACGGCGAUGUGAUCAACUUUGCGUCAUGGUUCGUGUUUGCCUUCCCCACCAUGUUGAUGAUGCUGACGCUCGCCUGGUUCUGGUUGCAGUUCCUCUUCAUCGGCUGGAACCUGAAGAAGACCUGGGGCUGCGGCUCGGCCCAGUCCCACAAGGAGAAGGCCGCGUACGACGCACUCAGGGAGGAGCACAGGCGGCUGGGACCCAUGAGUUACGGCGAGAUCAGCGUCCUGGCACUCUUCGUCCUCAUGGUGGUGCUGUGGUUCACAAGGGACCCUCGCUUCAUGGACGGCUGGGCCACCCACGUCUUCAACGCCAAAGCAGAGUUCGUCACCGACGCCACCGUCUCGUUGUUCGUCGCCAUCUUGUUGUUCGUCCUUCCCUCCGAGCCGCCGCGCUGCCUCUGCUUCUGGCGGCGCUCCAACUCCGAGAGCCAGCUGUCCCGAGGCCCCGCCUCGCCGCUGCUCACCUGGCAGGUGACCCAUGACAAGAUGCCCUGGAACAUCGUCCUCCUGCUGGGGGGCGGCUUCGCUCUGGCUAAAGGCAGCGAGGUGUCCGGUCUUUCCCGCUGGCUCGGUGCUCAGAUGACGCCGCUGCACUCCAUCCCGCCGUGGGCCAUCGCCAUCAUCCUCUGCCUCCUCAUCGCCACCUUCACGGAGUGUGCUAGCAAUGUUGCCACGGCAACGCUCUUCCUGCCCAUCCUUGCCUCCAUGUCCCAGUCCAUCAGCCUGAACCCGCUGUACGUCAUGAUACCCUGCACACUCAGCGCCUCCUUCGCCUUCAUGCUGCCCGUGGCCACGCCCCCCAACGCCAUCGUCUUCUCCUCCGGCUUCCUCAAAGUGUCUGACAUGGCUAAAACCGGCGUGGUGAUGAACAUCAUCGGGAUCGGCUGCAUCACUCUGGCCAUCAACAGCUGGGGGCGCGUCCUGUUUUCCCUGGACUCUUACCCCUUGUGGGCCAACAUCACUUCCCCGGUGUAGAACCCACAACCUCCUGCCAGCCGGGAUCCUCCAGUCCUGAGCCUCUAAACACAGAGUUCUCUGAAAACCGCUCCCAGCUUUACUUCAUCUACACGGUUCAGAGGGAAUUCAGGACUUUUCCUUGUCUAAUGGUUGUUUAAGUACGGCAGAGUGGAGGGGUUCAGAAUACUGUGCGGUGAAAGCUUCCUUAUCGCAGGAGGCUGCAUCCGAUCUGAAUCCAACUGCUGAAUAAUGACAGGCUGGCACCAAGCAACCAGGUCCAGCAACUGAGCAACCAGCACUGGCAAAUAAGAAGGAAGCUACUCACUAGUGUUAGCUUUGGAGGGAUUGGUCACCAGUUAGAUUGAUUUCUGUCUUUGCUGUCCAUUGGUACGGAUAGGCUGGUGUUAGAAUUGAAUAGCCUAGCAUUAGCAUUCAAUAGGUUGGAUAUUAUAUGCCAACAGUUUUCUAGAUAAAAUAUAUAAAAAUGUAAGAAAGGGUUGACCAGUCUUUGUAUGCUAGCUGUUUGCCUAUUUAAGGCUAAUGCUAGCUUCUCCAAAGCUAAUUCUAGCCAAACUGUGCUAAUAGACAGCAGAGGAAGUAGUAGGCUAGAUGACCAGCCUAAACAUGCUAGUCACCAGCUUCUAAAAAGCUAACGCUAGCAGUCUCCUUUUCAUUAACCAGUGUUGGUUGCUCAGAUACCGCUGCCAGCCUAUCAUUAAUCAGAUCAGUAGCUAGUUUCUGAAUGGAUAAAGCCUCCUGAUAUAAGGAAGUAGUCCCCGCUGGGUGAAAAAUGGUUUCAGAUUUGUCUCUACAGCAUGGAGUUUCAUGAAGCUACAUGGAGGCUCAGAUCAUUUGUUUUCUCACCAUCAUCACCAUCUGAUGAAGGCUCUCAGUCUGAGGUAGUUUGGACAUUUAGGGUCAUGGAGCAAAUGGAGCAGAUCUCAUUGGUCAACAGUUGUGAGGUGGAACUGCAGUCAGCAGGGAAAUUAGUCUCUUCCUGAUGGGAAGGUCCAAACGUGCCAGAUUACACUGGAUUAUACAGGGAUUACACAGACUUUCAUCAGCAUGGCUGAAUGUUUGUACACACAGAUCCAGUUUACAUACGGAAAUAGAGAAUCAAACCAGUUCAACCAGGAAUUUAAAUUUCAUUUGGAGUUGUUAACUGAAGAAAGAUGAAAAAAACAUGAAAAGACCCAAUAAAAGGACUAGCAGAACAGAGCUAACAGAAUCGGGUUCUGUUAGCUCAAAUGGUUCUGAUUAACGUCCAAACAGGACAUGAGUUCCUCCUUCAUUAAAUCACAAACCUUUGUCACUUCCUGGUAGAUUUCCUAAAAGCCCCACAAAGCAUCAUGUUUCCCACCAACAUCUUGGUGGGUGUUAGUGCAAGUUUUUCACUGCAGAAGCAAACCAAACCAGAUGUUACCAUGGUAACAAUGACAAGUGUGAGGAAGAGGUUUAAUUGGGUUUAAGUGUUUCUUUGUUUUGGGGGUUUUCUAUUUUUUAAUUUUCAGUCAGUAAACAGAAGAAACUCAGAUUUAAUGCAGUUGAUGAACUCUGCACUGGAGCUGCUCUGUGUUAGUACAUAUAAAUAUUUAUAGAUACUUUAUUAUGUACAUACUGUACAUGUAUGUAAUUUGCAGAGUUUUCUAUCGUCAUGUUGCCAACAGUUUUAUAUGUGAAAAAAAUUCAUCUGUAAAUAAACGUGAUAAAAUUCA